UCUUCUCGCCUAGUUUGAACCAGUGGGGGAAGCUCAUGCCUAUGGAUGACGUUGUUGCCUUCGGUGUCGUUUACAAGGCUAAGGCUGUGAUCAGUUGGUCGAUCCGCAUCUGCCAUCUAUCACUACCUAGAUACUCACCUUUACGACGCUUUUAGACCUUCUCUACCCCAUUCACGCCAUCGUUCGGGUGAAGCUUUGCGACAAUAAUGACUGCAGAGUGGAAAGAGAGACAACUCCAGCAGCUCGCAAUCUUCCACGAAUUGCGUCAACGAAAGGUGGAUGCCUCUGCGGAAUUCGAGGAAUUUCCUAAGCCUGCACCCUCCCAGCUGGCGUUGUUACAGAUCUACACAGACGUAUUGGACGAAAACGACACUGCAAGAACGGCAGCAAAGCGAAUCAGCGACUGGGUGCUUUCAGUACCAGAUCGUGAUACCUGCUAUGACAUUUCCAGUGCCUAUGGCGACGUACUCUCCGUUCUAUUCGGAGCCGCACGGGAGCUUUCGUCUCAGAAGCAUCUCGAGAUUCUGGCAGAUCUCACAGUCGAACUCGCCAAUCUACCCGACGUUUAUAACGAUACAGGCAAACCGAUGGUGUUUGAAGAGGGUUCUGUCGCUGUUCAACCUGGGGAGAUAAUCAAGCUGCACUCUCAACCCAGAGCAGAAUUAUGGUCUGGGUUGCCAUAUCUUACUUCUGGCAUUGGGAACGAUUUGCGUAGCGGGCCCCUUCAAUUCCGCCAGGUCUCUGGCAAUGGACACGAUGAUGACCAGGUACCAUCUUGCCAAUCCGAAGACAUGUACACCAACGUCAACACAUUCGCUGCUCUCAUAGCGCGACGAGAUCCGCCACAAACAUCUCCACUGUGCAAUUGUGUCGACUUUGCCUUUGCAACAUUUGCUUUCCUGGAGCAUGGUCCCGGUACGAACUACGAUCGAGAUGCACAUCUUGCAGUUCGCGCAGCGGCUGCUUGGUUGGUGAUCGCGGGCAAACAAGUAAUAGCUGCAGGGUCGCCUUCCACCAAGUAUAGUUACAUUUCUGGCAGCCUAUGGGAGGCUAAAGGCGGUACCAAUACAGUGGAUGUCAAACGGCUACAAUUCUGGAGAAGCCAGUUUCAGAACUUCAGAGAAGCUGGGAGACUUUCGGACCAAAGGGCUAUGGAUGCUACAAUCGAGGCUACAGCAGCUCUUGACGACUUGAUCGCCGCGCAAGGUUGAGAAAGUUCCAACAUGGACCUUUCUAGGGAGGUCUUACUAGAGUCGUGUCAAAUGAUGUU